GUUACAUUUUUGAAUAAUCUGAAAGAUUGUUUAUUCAAUUUUAUUCAUCUUAGUCAUGAGAACAAUGUCGCGUUCUCCAUCUCUCACAAUUGUUUUGUUGUGCCUUUACAACCUCUCUUUCUUAGAGGCUCUCAACAGUGGCUUUAGUGUGGAGAUGAUCCAUCGUGACUCAUCAAAAUCACCAUUCUAUCGUCACACAGAAACUCAAUUCCAACGAGUGGCCAAUGUUGUAAGUCGUUCCAUUAACCGUGCAAAUCACUUACACAAACGUUCUAGAUCUCCAAAUACAAUUGAGGCCACAGUAACACCAGAUCAAGAAGGUGACUACCUUAUGAGCUAUUCAGUUGGAACCCCACCAUUCCAACUCUUCGGUAUUAUUGAUACAGGUAGUGACUUAGUUUGGUUGCAAUGUCAACCUUGUAAAAGUUGUUACAACCAAACCACUCCUAUAUUCAAUCCUUCAAAAUCCAAAACCUACAAAACCCUUCCUUGCAAUUCUACUACAUGUAAAUCGGCGGGAGCCUCUUGCUCCAAUGAUUCUAGAAAAACUUGUGAAUAUAGUAUUAUCUAUGGGGAUAAGUCACUCUCACAAGGAGAUCUUAGUGUGGAGACCCUUUCUUUAGGCUCCACUAAUGGUCAUCUUAUCCAAUUUCCUAGAACUGUGAUAGGAUGUGGAUAUGACAAUACUGUUUCUUUUGAAGGGAAAACAUCUGGCAUAGUUGGCCUUGGAUUAGGACCUGUGUCCCUUGUAUCUCAAUUGAAAUCUUCCAUACGUGGAAAGUUUUCCUAUUGUUUGACACCAAUGUAUUCACAAUCUAACUCAUCUAGCAAACUGCAUUUUGGAGAUGCUGCUGUGGUUUCUGGGAAAGGGACUAUUUCAACCCCCAUGGUCUUUCAAGAAGUAUUUUACUUCUUAACCUUGGAAGCAUUUAGUGUAGGAAACAAAAGAAUAGUGUUAAGAGGCUCCUCAUCUAGACCUAGUAGAAAAGGAAAUAUCAUAAUUGACUCAGGUACAACACUCACUCUUUUGCCAAAGGAUGUUUAUUCAAAGUUGGAAUCAGCUGUCGCAGAUGCAGUUAAAUUAGAGCGUGCUAAGGAUCCAAGUCAUGAGUUGAGCCUUUGCUAUAAAGUUACAUCCGAUGAACUAGAUGUACCAGUGAUCACAGCACAUUUUAAUGGCGCUGAUGUCAAGUUGAAUGCUAUCAACACCUUUCUUCAAGUGGCAGAUGGAGUAGUAUGCUUUGCUUUCAUGUCAAGUCCCAUUGGUCCCAUUUUUGGAAACUUGGCUCAGCAAAACUUCUUGGUUGGUUAUGACCUCGAAAAGAAAAUGGUCUCCUUUAAGCCCAUGGAUUGCACUAAGCAGUGAUUGAUUGUAAUUUAUCUUACUUGGCCUAAGUUAGUGGAUUAACAAAAAACUUCUCCUUUUGUUGUGCUGUGUUCCAUUAUCAUCAUUGUUGAGAAUGCAUAUGAUGAGAGAAAAGUUAUCA